AUGUCUGGACGAUCUACAACUCGGCGACCGGCAACUCCUUCCAGUAGUACUUUAAAUCUAUCGCGUACACAAGAAAAAGAACAACUCGAAACACUCAAUAAUCGAUUGGCUGUUUAUAUUGAUACUGUUCGACGUCUUGAACAAGAUAAUGAAAAAUUAAAAAAUGUAAUAUCGACAUACUCAGAAACGUAUGAAAGCGAGACAUCGAAAGUGAAAACGUUAUAUGAACGUGAAUUAGAGGAUGCAAAAAAAUUAAUUGAAGAAUUAGCACGUGAAAAAUCACGUUUAGAAAUUGAUGGUGAAAAGGCGCGUGCUGAAGCACAAGAUGCUUUAACAAAACUGAGUCGCAAAGAACGUGAAGCACGUGCUAAUGAAGCACGUUUGAAACAAUAUGAAAAUGAAAUUGGUGAAUUGAAAGCACGAAACGAUGCAGUUAUCCUUGAUGCUAAUAGAAAAACAGACGACAACGUUGCACUUCGUGGUCUGAAUAGUGAUCUCGAAAAACAGGUUACAUCAUUGAAACGACAGUUGGAAUCUGAAACUCUAUUACGUGUUGAUCUGGAGAAUAAAAACAAGACAUUGAGAGAAGAACUUCUAUUUAUUCAAGAAGUUCAUAACACAGAAAUGGAACAAAUCAAACAACAAAAACGCGUUCAUGUUCAACAUUACGGUGAAGAUAUACGUCGAGAAUACGAUGAUCGUCUGUUGAAUGAAUUACAACAAUUACGUGUUCAAACUGACCAAGAAAUGCAAGCCAUUCGAGAUGAAAUAGCCAGUCAAUAUGAGAAAAAGAUUGCAGAUCUUCAAAGUACCAAUCGUCGUAAUGCGGAACAAGUUGGUUCAUAUCGUUCUGAUGUGACAUCGUAUCGUGAUCGUAUUGAGGAAAUAACAAAAGCACGUGAUGCUCUAAAUGAUAAAGUUUCGGUUUUGGAACAACGAUGUCGUGAAUUAGAAGAUCGUUUACAUCGUGCACAACAAAAACAAGAUGAUUUAUUAUCAGACCGAGAAGAUGAAAUACAACGUUUAAAACAACAUAUUGAACAAAUGCAAACUGAAUAUCAAAAUUUGUUAGAUGUUAAAAUUGGUUUAGACAGAGAAAUAGCAACAUAUAGAAAAUUAUUAGAAUCAGAAGAGGAACGAUUGAAUAUAUCUGGUAAUGCAUCUCGUAUUGGCGAGCACAGUAGCCUGACAACCGAUAAUGUAACAACAAGUGGUUCAAAUACAACGUUUGAUACAAGCAGUUAUCCAACACACCGUCAAAAACGUCCACGUUAUGAAGAUUUCUCAACGUCGGCUACGUCCGCUAGUAGUCAUCAAGUAACAGAUCUAUUGACGCGUACACUCAAUGCUGGUGCUGCAUCAAGUAUGCACCAACAAUUAUUAGAUGGUAUUAAUAUUAUAGAUGAUGAAAGUUCUCAUCCAAAAUAUGUUAAACUUGUCAAUAAUACAAGUCAAGAUCUUCAACUAAAUGGUUGGGUUUUAAAACGCAAAGUUGGUAAUCAAACAUAUGAGCAUAAAUUUCAACGUGGUAUGCUACUCAAAGCUAGUGCAACAUCCACGAUUUGGAGUAAUGAUGCAAAUGAAAUAACUCAUGAACCACCAGGUAAUAUUAAACUUCGAACAAACAAGUGGUUCGUUGGAGGACUAGAAAAUAAGAAAACAAUACUUGAAGAUGCAGAUGGUCAUAUCGUUGCUGAAAAGAUUCUGACAAUAAAGUAG